GUUUAACUUUGGGACUCUGGGCUUCUGGUUCCCCUGGUCUCUGGUGCUGCUGGUCUUCGCUGCUGCUCUCUUCACAUACACCGCUCUACUGCUGGUGUUGGCCGUGUGUCUGCUCACUGAGGGUCAGAGACUUUACCUCCACUGGUGCCACAAGACGGGCAUUGUGGUGACGUUGGCGUUCUCUGUCACAGUCAUCGCCGUCCUGUCUGACCUCUGGAGCAAAGAAUGGAAGACUCUUCUCCUCUCCCUGCAGGUGACGGCACCGUACCUCCAUGUGGCUGCGGUCUCACUGAUGGCGAUUCUCUCCUGGCCGAUUGCGUUACACUUCUUCCGCAUGAACAAGAAAGAGAAAUUACAUCACAUUAGGAAAAAACAUCAAUAUCGGACCAUUUCUAUUACAAACAUCGUGGGUUCCCUCUCUUACAUCCUGUGUCCUCAUGCUCCUAAUCUCAUCUGCAGUUAUGAUGGAGUCCCCUUCCUCAUGCACGACUCCACUCUGAGGAGAACCACUGACGUAGCUGAGGUUUUCCCAAACCGAACGCACCUCGAUCCCUCCAUGUUCACCUGGGCCGAGCUGCAGCAGCUGAACGCCGGCCACUGGUUCUUAUCGAAGGAUCCAUUCGGUACCGUGUGGUCCCUGUCCGAGGUGGACCGCUCGCAGGCCCAGAACCAGUCUGUUCCCUCACUGGCCCAGUUCCUGGAGGUGGCAGCUCGUAGUGGCAGGCUUGUAAUUUUUGACCUGCGUAGGCCACCGCAUGGACAUCCCUACAGUGAUUCAUACAUCAGCACCACGCUGCAGGUGGUGCAGGCCCACAUCAACUCCUCACAG